AUGGUCAUGGCCAACAUGCCUGCGCACGAGUCGACCCUUUCCAACGGCAUCCUCGAUAGUAGAGGUUGCCCAAAGCCCCUGGCGCUCGUCACGCAGUGGUCGAGCCGGUAUCUGCGCGUCCUCUGUCCAUACUGCCUGCGUCGCCAUCGUCAUCAUGACAUCGACGUAGCCAAGACUCGGGAGCUGCCCUGCGAGGCUGAGUCGGAGCUUACCUACCAGCUCUACUUUCCGUAUGAAGAGAAGUUCCAAGCGCAGUACUCCUACCAAAUCGACUCGGAGAGCGGCGUCUUUGUGACGGUCGGCGUCGCCGACGACGAAGAGGAGAGCGAAUCUGAGUAUGAGGAGGAGGAGGAUGAUGGCGAUGGCGAGAAAACAAGCCCUGAAAGCGCCAGCAGGGAUUUGCCAUCCUUGCAAUCGGAGCCGGGUGGCAGCAGCCGUGGUGAGUUGCCAGAACUCGAGGCCGGAUUGAAGCAACUUGAAAUUGGCGAUGCGAAACAACCAAAGCCGCCCUCGGCUGGUGGUACUCUGGAGAAGCUCAUGCUGGGUCCCUGCUUCCGACGCGGCGCCGACGGGGUGAUCGACUUCAGCGGUGGCGACGUCAACAUUGUCGACAGGCGCGGACGGACCCCGCUGAUGCUGUCAGCGCUCUGGGGCCGGCGAACGGCUGUGGACACCCUGCUCGAGCUCGGCGCCGAUCCGCGCGCCGAGGACCGCAAGGGCCGCACCGCCUACUUUUACGCCCGGCCCUCCCGGAAGACGGCGGAGAUGCGAAGCGCGCUCAGCCACUACCGAGAGGACGUCAACGCCGAGGCCAAUCGCAGGAUCAUCGCCGUCAAGAUGCAAGUAUUCGAGCCCGCCCCGACGGCCGGGCAAACAGACAGCUCGGGCGGGCCCAAGCCCGGCCUCUUCGUCACAAGGCGCACCGCCUGGGGCACCGAGUUCCGCUUCUACGAGCUGAGCGUCACAUACAACGGCUUGAAGGCCGACAAGACGGUGGCGCAGCUCGACCGCGGCAGGCUGUUCCCGGUCGAGAGCGCCGUGAGCGGCUGUAAACUCGACGGGUACGGCCAGCGCCCCGACUUUUCCGAGGCGCACAUCCUCGACAGCCUUCUCUGGCGCGACCGGGUGCUCGAGCUGUGCCGGCUGAUCGAACACGACUUGCCCGAGGACAACAAAGACGCACCAGCCCGGCCGGGCUCAUACUACGCAUCGCACGCCGAGAAGCAGCUCGUGGCGUACUAUAUUGACCAGCACGUCAUCCUGCCGAGCGACUUGUUCUCCAAAGACUUGGCCGUCGGCGAGCUGAUGGAGGAGUGGACGCCGUGGGCGAAUCGGCAUUGCCAGCGGCAGGAGCUUAAGAAGGUGUGCCCUAGGAUACCGACAAUACAGGCCGUUAUACAAGUCAACAACACCAUGUGUAAGGACUGCGAGGUCUUCAAAUCAAAAGUUGAGGAUCAGCUUGGUAUUCGCUUCGAGGUCAAGUAUUGUCCAAGCUGCUAG